AUGUCGAUGGUUUCCCAAGUCCCUUUUCAACUCUCCGGUCGGUAUGCCGAGCACAAUCGGUGGGAGGUUCUCGACGGCCCAAGCGACUCGCGUGUAACCGGAAGUCAAAUUAUCGAGGAUGAAGGUCUUCUUGGCCAGUGGGCAGACAAGGUUGUCCUGAUCACCGGCGUUUCAUCUGGGAUCGGUGUUGAGACUGUACGUGUCUUGGCAUCUACUGGAGCGACUAUCUUUGGCACAGCCCGAAACAUCGAAAAGGCAAAGGAGGCUUUGGGCUCAUUGCUCGAUACCGGGCGUGUGGAGCUUCUUUUCAUGGAUCAGACAGACCUCUCCAGUAUUCGGGCCUGUGCCAAGGAAUUUCUCAAUCAGAGCUCUAAGCUUAAUGUCAUUAUUAACAAUGCGGCUGUGAUGAAUACCCCCGAAAGCCGCACUAAAGAUGGCUUUGAGCUUCAGUUUGGAACCAAUCACUUGUCGCACUUCCUCCUCUUCUAUCUGCUGAAAGACACCCUUUUGCAAACCGCACGUUCCUCGCCUGAAUUCGCCUCUCGUGUGGUCAGCGUUUCCUCGGCAGCCCAUCGCUACAGCCCCAUUCCUCUGGACAACGUUAACUGGGAAGGAAACUACAAGGGCUGGCUUGCUUACGGAUCUAGUAAGACCGCCAAUAUCUACAUGACCACCCAAAUCGAGCGCUUGUAUGGCGCCCAAGGCCUUCACGGCUUCAGCGUCCACCCUGGGGCUUUUAUGAGCCCCAACCUCCAGAAAUAUUCUCAGGAGGAAAUGAAGUCUGUCUUGGAAGACAAGCGCGCAAUGGCAUACUUAUCCAGUCUCGGACAGGCCUGCGCAACCAGCAUAUACGGUGCUGUUUCGAGUGAGCUGGAAGGCAGAGGCGGCUUGUAUUUGGAAGGCGCAUCGGUGGCAAUUCAUCCGACACCACCGGGUGGAGAUGCGCUCGAAUAUGGAUAUAGCAGUUGGGCAUUUGACCAGGCAAAGGAAGAAGAAUUGUGGAAGCUUAGUAAAUCCUGGGUAGGAGUCGAGUGA